CCUGCUCCGCCCCUGCCCUUCUGCAAGCCCCUCUCCCUCUUUCGCUCUCGCUCGCCCCGUAUCAGAAGCCGCCGCGAGAAGCAGCAUUGCCGUCACUGCUAUGGCGCUGUGAAGCUUUUUGUGUUCGGAGACUCCUAUGCUGACGCUGGAAACUGUCCCAAACCAUCCGCCGCCUCCUGGAAGGAACCAUACGGAUUCACUUUUCUCGGCACACCGGCCGGCCGCUUCUCCGACGGUCGUGUUCUCACUGAUUACAUUGGGGUUGCAGUGCAGUACAAGCCUAGGAAGAUGGAAUUUUGCCCAACAUGCGGGAUUUUGUUGCAGUAUGAGCUGCCCCAUUUGGGCCGGCCUGCUAGAUUCUUCUGUCCAACUUGUCCAUAUGUAUGUCACAUUGAGAGCAAGGUUAAAAUAAAGAGAAGGCAACAUUUAGUCAGGAAAGAGAUAGAACCCAUCUUCUCCAAAGAUGACAUGAAGAAUGGACCCACUACUGAAGCAACAUGCCCAAAUUGCGGGUUUGGGAAGGCUGUUUUCCAGCAACUUCAGAUCCGAUCAGCUGAUGAACCAAUGUCGACAUUUUACUGGUGCCUGAACGAGAAAUGUGGACGCCAAUGGCGUGAGGAUUAAAAGUCAUAUUCCUUAUCAAGUGUGUCCAAAGAAUGAGAAUUAUUAAUUUUAUGGUUGAAUAACUCCUCAAAUUCUAUUCUAACUUAGAUUAGACAUAAAUUUUCAAAUAUCCUGAAUUCUUUUUGGGGUGGGAAUAGAACACUAAAAGGUUAUUAUUUAUAA